AUGGAGAGACUUCAGAGAUUAAUGAUGAACCAGAGAGCUGGAAUUAUGGGUGGUGCAGCGGCGGCUGAAACCCCUAUGGACGAUACUAAAGAGACGGUAUAUAUCUCGUCGCUGGCGCUACUGAAGAUGCUCAAGCAUGGUCGUAUGGGUGUUCCAAUGGAAGUGAUGGGUCUUAUGCUCGGUGAGUUUGUAGACGAUUAUACCGUCAAUGUGGUGGAUGUGUUCGCAAUGCCUCAGUCCGGGACAGGUGUUUCUGUAGAGGCUGUGGACGACGUUUUUCAAGCAAAGAUGAUGGACAUGCUGAAGCAAACUGGCAGAGAUCAAAUGGUUGUUGGCUGGUACCACUCGCAUCCUGGUUUCGGGUGCUGGCUCUCGUCGGUCGAUGUAAACACACAAAAGUCGUUCGAACAACUCAAUAGCCGAGCCGUAGCAGUUGUUGUGGAUCCUAUACAGUCGGUAAAAGGAAAGGUCGUGGUUGAUGCGUUCAGACUGAUCGACACGAACAUGAUAAUGAGAAACCAAGAACCCAGACAGACUACUUCCAAUGCCGGGUUAUUAAACAAGGCCAACAUUCAAGCAUUGAUUCACGGGCUGAACAGGCACUAUUACUCUUUGAAUAUUGACUAUAAUAAGACAAGCGCAGAAACCAAUAUGCUUUUGAAUCUGCACAAAGAGCAGUGGCAAUCAGGACUCAAGAUGCACGAUUACCAGGAAAAGGAGCACCACAACUUGCAAGCGACCCAGAAAAUGUUGAAGAUUGCGGAACUGUACUCUAAGAGAAUAGAAGAAGAAAAAGAUUUAACUGAAGAGGAGUUAAAAACUCGUUACGUUGGUAAGCAAGAUCCAAAGAAACAUCUUUCGGAAACUGCAGAGGCUGUCGUUGAGGAAAAUAUUGUGUCGGUUCUAACGGCAGGUGUCAACUCUGUAGCUAUAAAAUAA